ACGCCGAUUUCCACUCCAGCCGCCCUCGCGAGCGGUCCUGUCGAGUCCCGCUGCCUCUGUACAAGCACUCGCACCCUCGCCGUCUCACUCAGGCGACGCGACGCGUGUCCUCCCGCCGAUCUUAAAUCUUUUCCUCGACGUUAAGUUUCCAAAUUUGACUACACUCCACUUCACGCCAGAACUGAUAUCGUAAGAAAACGACGAAGGGGUACAGUUAACAGUGUUACCGUGAAAAUCGUUUUAUUGUGUAUGUAGUGUGAUGGAGAGUGAGUGUGCUCUAUAUUCCCGCAGGAUACGUAAUAAAUUCUUACACUAAAAGGUGGAUUCGAGUUCAGGGCGAAUAAUAUGUAAUAAAUAAGUCACGCUAGAGUGACGACCGCGGACUACCCUUAGUGAGUGGAGACCGUCGUCUCGACUUCGCGACCGAAAAUGGGCAAGAAGAACUCGAAAUUGAAGCAAGACACGAUCGACAGACUGACGAGCGCCACUUACUUUACGGAAAAAGAAAUUCGGCUUUGGCACAAAGGAUUUCUGAAGGACUGCCCCAACGGUCUUCUGACUGAGCAGGGCUUCAUAAAGAUCUACAAACAAUUUUUCCCUCAAGGUGACCCGAGCAAGUUUGCGUCAUUGGUGUUCAGAGUGUUUGACGAAAACAAUGACGGGUCGAUUGAGUUCGAAGAAUUCAUACGGGCCCUAUCGGUGACGUCACGGGGCAAUCUAGACGAGAAACUUCACUGGGCUUUCCGUCUCUACGACGUGGACAAUGACGGUUACAUCACUCGGGAUGAAAUGUAUAACAUAGUCGACGCGAUCUAUCAAAUGGUGGGCCAGACCCCACAGCCUGAGGAUGAGAACACUCCCCAGAAGCGCGUCGACAAGAUCUUUGACCAGAUGGACAAGAACCAUGAUGACAGGCUGACUCUUGAGGAAUUCCGUGAGGGCAGCAAGGCCGACCCCCGCAUUGUUCAGGCUCUGUCCCUUGGAGGCGAUUAAUCUAUGGUCAUUCUCUCGCCGGAUUUCACAUUUACAUAGAGAGCCACUGCAAUUACAUAGCCGCGUUAUAAUAAUAUGUAUUUUAUUCAAUUUAGUGUAGUGUUUUUAUUUAGUUCAAUGUAGUAGGGGAUAUUUUGAAAUGUAAUAAGAAAUGUUUAUGGUUCCUUUUAUCUAGGACAGUUUCUUUUUCUAAAAUAUAUAACCAUAUUUUAAUUUCUAAAUAUGUAUGUACUUUUUACGCGGAUACUGUGUAUUGUAGUAAUGAUUUGAAGUACCUAAUAUUUGCCAAUAUGUGAUUCGUGAUAAUUUUUUUAUGACCGAAACCUCGCCCUCCAUUUCAUGUUGGCAAAUUUAACGUUGCUCUUUGUAAAUGAUGAAUAUGUUUCUGCUUUCGGGUCUGCUAUUUAUAGGUACGAAACGGUUGCAAAUCAAACAAACUCUUGUCUUCGAUUUGGACACAGCAAAGCUCACCCUGAGAGGAAAAUUCGCGCGAGAGAACUUGACUACCCUUAGCCAAAUCUACAUACUCGUUAAUAACGCACUACAGUUCAAGAAAUAAUACCCUAUCGACGUUUUUAGAAUAUAGCACGUAUUUCUAUCACGUGUAACUUCUAUAGUUCUGUAGAUUGUUGUGAACCGUCGCUUAGGUCUCUUACUGGCGGCACCAUUGCUAUUAUAUCUUUACAUAAGUAAACAUCUUUAGUAAAUGUAGAUAGCGUUGCACGUUGAUCGAAUGUCAAUACCACAGUUAUUUAAAUACUUUUCCUGUUGUUGUUGUUGUUACUUAUAUAGUUAGGUUUAAAAUAAUCACGCCCCACUUAGGUACAUAUAACAAAGUUCAAACAUUGCAUUCCAUUUCAAACGACCAUAUAACGUUACAAGAUAGAAACUUUACAGCGACUAUUUGAAAAGGUUAUCAAAAUAUCUUCGCUGAUAUUUUUUUCCGAUGAUAAAUAACUGCUACAUUUAUAUAUAGCCCUUUAAAGGCUCACAAUUUUCAAUGUAACUGGAAAAAUGUAAUUUAAAAGCCACCUAUUUUCGCAGUAUAUAAAGACAAUGCCGCUUCUAAUCCAUGUUGAUGAUACAGUAUUACCUCACGAUCAUCUAGAGAUAAGCAACGGGGUAGUGUUUUUGAUCUGAAACAUAGUUUUCAUAAGCAAGAAGUUUAAAAUGCUUAAAAAUAACUUACAUAGUUAUUAGGACUGUAGUGUGAUCAUGUAGAUGGCUAAGUACUUUUUAACUUUUCAAUAUAGCACUGUUUACAAGAGUUCGAAUCGCCGCCGUUUCGUCAGCACCCUACUUACAUUACUAGCUAUGAUGUAUCCAUGUGGUCUGCCAAACCUAGUAUACAUACUCUUUGAAUUACUUAAUACUAAUACUUUUCUCCAUUGUUCAAUGAGAACACUGAGAACAUAUAUUUUGGAGAACUUUUGGAUAUUUCCGAUAGCUACUCUUCAACAUUUCUAGCCUAUAAGUAUCUUUCUAUCUAAUACGAAAUAUACGUACUGCUUGAAUACUUCUUAUGUUUUGCUUUAAACUAAAUCUUCUUAUGAUAUUUGUAAUGGAUUUCUAUAACUUUUAAACUAAUUCGUAAAAGGACUUCGUCCAUUAAUGAUUUAAAUUUAAGGAUUAAAAACUAUGAGUGGUUUUUAAUCACGAGUCAAUUUGUCUUUCAUCGCGUUUUGUGGGCGUUGGGAGGAGUUUGGCGAACUAGAUAGGACAUACCGCGGGCUGUGCAUUUUGUGUAGUAUUAAGUAGCAGGUAUUACGCCUGCUCGCAAUCAAUUUGCGGUGAUCGGAUAUUUAUAACGAUGUUAAAAAUUACCGAAAGCUCAAGAAUGAUUCUGAUAAACGCAGAUGAUAUUAAGUUACUACUCGAAGACGAAUUGACGCUCUGUGAGAACAGAAGUUUUUUGAAUAAGUUUCACAUUCGACUAGUUUAUUUUUAUUUUUUAUUGGCUCUAUUUAAUUAUAAAACAAAAUGAGCAACUUUGUAAUGCGCUAAUGUUAAUAACAUUCCGUAUAUUAUAUGUCUAUAAAGAUAUCUUCAUGUAACGUUUAAGUAUUGUUACGAAACUACAACUGAUGAAUGUGAAGUGCGCAUCCUAAACAUUUCAGACGCCGAACGUCCAAAACGAUUUAGUAACACCACUGAAAUGCACUGGGUAAUGCUAAUUCAAUUACCGUCUCGCCCAAACACCUUGAAUAUGAAGUCCGAAAUGCCAAGGUGCCGAUAAUUGUUUUAAAGAUGUUUACUUCAUAUUUACGUUGUUAUUUAUAUAGUAUUACUCGUUCAAUAUAAUCAUAAAGGAAUUUUAAUAGUAGUUCAUUAUGUAAUCUACAGUGUUAUCUUUUACUAAUUCAUCACUCGUUCACUAAACUUGUUUUCUCGACGUUCCAAAGUUACGAUUGAAACACGACCUUUAAAAUAUACGAAAACAAAGCCUUUCGUAUUAAAAUUUACUGUAAAGUAUAAUUUAACACUUUACUAACAAAACUAAAGUUAAACUACAAUCGAACGUUCUAGAAUGCAAGUCGGUUCUUUGAACAUUCAGUAAUUACAUAACACUGUUUUUAUGUAAAUACUUACUUCGCCUUCUUUACUAGACAUUACAAAUACUAUUCACUUUUAACAAUAAUGGUGAUUAAUAAAUAAAACAAGUUGAAAUUCAA